AUGACUUCCGAAUCAGAUGAGAAGGUGGACACAAUAUCAGCCGCUUCAGAUAUAGAAAGUGAGUCAACUAUUAAUGAGCCAAUUCUGUUUGACAAAAUCUUGGAAAGCUUGAAAAACGGAGCAAAGGAUGCUAUAGCUGAUAAAGAUUACUUGUCAUAUAGCACGUUGCUAGAUAUUCAAUUACAUGACCCUUCUCGGUACACUUAUGAUGAAAGGGAGCAACUUAUGGCAUCCCUCUUGGAAGUAUUGCAACUGAAUGACACUUUGGUUUACGAAAUUGGUUGGGAUAUACCUAGUAUCAUCAUCCCUUAUAUAGAAUCGGAUUUUGAUUUUAGUUCCGGGAUCAGAGAUGCACCAUGUGUCUACAAAAUUCUCAAAAUAUUCGAAAUAUUAGCAAUAAAGGGGAACCCAAAGGAGUUAUUUUUGAAAAGUUGUGAGUUGUUGGGAACAUUAACCUUGAGCGAUGUCGCAAGUACUGAUUUAGACCACAAGGAAAACUUUUUUGAAAUAAAAAUGUACAACGUCAAUGAAUUGAUGGCCACUUGCUUGCGCAAAAUACCAACGUUGUACCCAUCAAGACUCUUGGCCAUGGCUGUGGGUGCGUACGUUAAUUUGAUGUUUAAUUUGCAACAGAACCCAGUGUCUCGACCAGCGUAUGUGUUUGUGUUGAAAAGAGCUUAUAGUUUUGCUAGAAACUAUGAUCGUGCUCCCCAACCACCAAAUGUCAACUAUUCCGAAUCUGCAUUUUUAAAAAUACAAGAGGAUGAGGAUUUUUUGAUUAGAAAGUUAUUAACUGGUUUUAUUACCAAUAUAAUCUACAUGGGAACAAGAGCAUACACUUCGUCGUUUUCGAUGCGUCAUUUCAACCAUUUGCAAAAAUGCUCAGGCAAAUCUCUCGAUGGUCAACCACCACUCGACACUGCAAUUUUUGAUAGGUUUUAUGAAUUGUGUUAUCUGUUUGACUUGUACUUGAAAACAAUUUUUGAAAAAUUUGUCGCAGAGUCGCGUAAAUUCGUAUACGGAAUCAGCCACAAGGAGGAGGAUUUCGCUGACUUGUUAUUUGAGAGAUGUGUUGUUGAUUAUCAAGCAAAUUUGAUAACCAGUAUUGUGGAUAGUGAUGCCAAGUCAGUUAAUGAUUCAAUAUUAGGAGAGAUCAUUUUAUUCACACAGUUUAAAGCCGACAAUGAUACGUUUGAUACCCCCUUAGUUAAGCUAAGCGAUGCGAUUAGCAUUGCUUUACGGUUGCUCAUUCCUCAAAUGGUUGAGAAGAGCUUUUUGCAUAGGUCAUUACAAGAUUUAGCUCUUUAUUGGAUUUGGUAUGCGUUACGACAAAAUGAGCUCAAGGUUGACUCCAAUUAUGAUGCAAAGAAUGAUUUGACUUCAAUCCCUCAAGAGUACUUGCCCAUUUUUUUCCAAUGUUUGAUUUUUGUUUUCCAUCAUAGUGAAGUGCCCAGAUUCAGAUAUAUGAUGUUGACAUUGUUGACAAAGUUGUUGAUUGUUACUCCUGAAUCAGUUGGAUAUGACUUCAUAAAAGAUACCAUUGAAAACUGUCCUUAUGAAGUAAUGCGGCCAGCUUUGAUUGGUAUCUAUAAAGAACUUUUGUUGAAUCUGAGAACCGAUGUCAAUGAUGUUGAUCUGGCUUUAAAAAGCGUUUCUUUGAAGGACGAAAAUGGAACUGGCAAAGCUCCUGAGUUGCCUCCUCGAAGGGUAAAGGCUAGUACUUGCUACGCCUUGAGCGAAGAGAAAUUCCAAGACAUUCUUGAAUGGGUCCUCCUAGCUCAGUCUAACGCGUUUAUUGAAAAUGAUGGCGGUGCCAAAAUAGAUCCAAGUAGACUUCCUACUUUAGCAUCAAUCUUGAAUCUACUCGUGACACUAAGGAGGCAUGAGAUUGCUAUUGCAAGUAACGACAAACUAGAAAAAGUCUUGAAAAGUGUUGAAAGAAAUGUUGACUACGUUGCCAAGAACGGUUCAAACCAGUUCGAAAGGAAUGCAGCUGGAAUGUUGAAGCUUACAAUCGAAAGAAUCAAAGAAUAA